GCGGACCCAAGACGCGAGGGAGUGCGUUCAGUGCCGUCGAGUUCCGCAAGUGGUAUUCCUCGCGCCCGGAACGACCAAACAGCUUGCUGAACUUUUAGCAGAGACUUUACUUAGAAAACUGACAAUUGCAUGUGCGACAACUAUCUGCAAGUUGCGACGUGUAUUAUUUAUCAUAGAACAUUAAGUGCAAGUGCAUUCAGCGCGUUACGUAGUAUUUAAAGGAUCACAGAAGUGGCGUAUAAACGUACAUAUAGGACACGUUAGAUCGUAUUUCAUUCCUCUCGACGAUCCGGUAUUCGAUAUCAGCCAACACACCAACUUCGGCAAUUGAUCCAAACGUCAAGAGAGAGCGAGUGAGAGAAUUCAAAUUACCACACGGUGCAAGGGACGUUCUCCGUAAUUGGUAUUCCUCAGCUACGUUGCAAGACUAUAAAGCGUCAACCGUGGCGCACGGGAUCCAAAAACAACGAGCCUCGUCACCUAGUCAAAAUUCGUCGAAUAAUCUCUCACGACACCUGUAGUACCUUCCGAUCGACCCUCACACGCCGUGCUGGCAAUUCCGCCGCAAUUUGACUUGCACAAAUCGCACAGAGAUGCGGGUGCCGACUCUCGUCGUCGUUGCCGUCUGUUCAACGACAUUAUGAUGAUGAUGAUGAUGAUGAUGAUGAUGACGCUACCAAAAGGGAAAUGUACCAAGUCAGUCUUCUAGUGACGCACGCCGUAUGUGAAAAUAAAAUCGCGUAGUUGUGCAUAGUCAUACUGUUAAAUUGUACAUAAUACGUAGAGACAUCUCUACGCGUUAAAAAAAGACGGCGAAAAUGCUAUGCUUGGAUAUUAAACUCGUUUCGCGACUGCGGGGUGUCUCCUCCGGGACUGCCUCGUCAACCGCUUCAUCAGCGCAUCCAACAACGGCCUCAGCCUCGUCAUCCUCGACGAGCGCGAGCACCGCGGAGAAAAGCAAGUCUCGCAAAGUGAAACGCGAGAGCGGCGAGGUCGCCAGCUCGACCACGACCAGCGACAGCGAGGAGGAAUCGUCGCGACCUAGUUCGAGCGUUCAGGAGAUGAUACGCAGGAACAGAUCCAGAUCGGUGUGCGUGGCGGCGAUCCUGCCGUCCUCGCAACUUAGGCAGCUGCAUCGACGCGCCAGUCAUGUAUCCACCACGGAUGCGAUAACGAGACGAGGUGUCCUGUCGAGGCGAUAUUACGGCAGCGUUGAAAUGCUGCCGCAGAUCGAGCAGGAUGGUGCCGACAAUGGCAGAAGAUUUCGAGUGGAGAACGGUGACUCUCCCGGGGAAAAAGAAGAGAUGUUCGGUUCGCCGAGUACGCCGAUAUUAGAAAAUCCAGAGUACCAAACGCGCUGGUACUUUAAAUACUUCUUGGGCAAACUGCAUCAAAAUUAUAUCGCUUCUGAUCAAGAGAGGAAUCCUCUCUUCCUCUCGGUAGUCACGAGUGAAAUUGGUGAUCAAUGCGUGCCACACUACAGAGUUAUUCUAUGGAGGCGAACUGGCGCGCAGAAAAUAUCGUUGCCCUAUUCGGCGAACAAAACAAUGACUAUCAGACAGAUUCUCAGCAAUUUCUUCAGCCUGGAAAAACUCGACAAGGCGCCGCGGGAAGUUUUCACGCCCGAGCUGCAAAAGGAUCUGUUACUACUGGAGGAACAAGAAGGCUCGGUUAACUUCAAGUUUGGCGUAAUCUACGCGAAGGAGGGUCAGACCACCGACGACGAGAUGUUGUCUAACGAAAGUGGUAGUCCGGGCUUCGAGAGCUUCCUGGAGAUCCUGGGUGAGAGGAUACGGCUCAAAGGUUGGGACAAAUAUAGAGGCGGCUUGGAUGUGAAAGGGGAUAUGACGGGCAAAGAAAGUUAUUACACAGUUUAUGCAGGUCACGAAGUUAUGUAUCACGUUAGUACAAUGCUACCGUACUCAAAAGACAAUCCGCAGCAGCUCGAAAGGAAAAGGCACAUCGGCAACGAUAUCGUUAACAUUAUUUACACGGACGAUCCAUCAGCCGUGGAUACUUUCAAUCCGAACUGCAUAAGAAGCCAGUUUACCCACGUGUUCGCCGUGGUAACGACCGAGGCGGACGGCAAGGGUUGGCGGGUCGCUAUUUAUUGCGACGAGAACGUACCCCUGUUCGGACCGAGCCUUCCCUGCCCGCCGGUUUUCGAGGAUCCGUAUAAUCUCCGAGAAUUUCUCCUUGUUAAGUUGAUCAAUGGUGAAAAAGCUACAUUUGACACCCCGACAUUCUCCAGGAAGAGGGAGAGAACGCUCGACGCCCUGUUGCGAGACAUGUACCAGGACCACUCGCAAGACAGCAAGAGCAACAGUAUGCUAAAUCGGCGAGCACUCUCAGAUGUCGUGGAAGCACCGGGUCGACGGCGCGAAGAGACGCGCGCUGUCGAGAUGGUACGAGUCGGACAAGCCUUGAAAUUGGAAGCUAUCAUGCGUGGCCUGGCACCCACCUCUCUCGCCACCGUCGGCCCUCUAAAGCCCAGACCAUGGGAACCAAGAUGCAUCUACCCUGAUUUUCCCCACGAAGUUGUCUGCGGUGAUGUCUGGCUAGAGAACAGACUGAUCCUCGCCUCGGAGAACGGGACUUUUCUUAUCGAAGACGGGGUUACGCACAGAUUACUCUUCGACGAAUCGGUGCAGAUCAAGCAGCUGGACGUGGUCGAGCAGCAUGGUAUACUGCUGUUUCGCGCCGGCGACAAGGGCAAGGAGAGCAGCGUCUACGUUUUUCGGCUGCGUGAGUUCGAAAGCGAUACGUCCGCGAGAUGCACCGAGCUGUUCAACGAUCGCGAUCACGACGGGGAGAGGGAGGAGGAGGACGAUGACGAGGACGCCGAGGACGAGGAUGACGAUUGCGACGAGGACGAUGCCGACGAAUGCGACAAUUUUACACGUGCCGCCGGUAAGCUUCAAUCGGCGGGGCGUUCGCGAACGCGGAUGCGCGUUCGCACUCCGGCCGUUCGGAGCCGAGCGCAUAUCAAGGAGAGGAAGCUGCGCCGAACGCGGGGAUGCCACUUGUACAGCAUCACGAGACCCGGGGGCUCGCAUUUACGCAUGUGCGUAGCCGUCGGCCGCCGACUCUCGGUCCUUCAGUGGAAGCACAACGCGGCCUGGACUAUCUGGUGCUCGUCAGCCGACACCGACACCAUCGACGGUUUUCUACUGCUGAAGGAGUUUACGGCGAGCGAGACACCGUCGUUAGUAACGAUGAUCGAAAGCGUCGAUCCGGCGAACGAAUGGACACUGUGCUGCGGCGCCCGUCAUCAUUUCGAAUUGAUCUCCGCUUCCGGUACUUCGAGGAUAAUCCACAUGGACGCGACGCCUAAGCCACACUUGGUGGCGGCGUUGGAUCUUCGCGAGGACGAGGAGCCGGAACUGUUACUUUGUUACAACAACACGUGUCACUUUCAAAAGCUGGUAGAAGAUAACGCUGCGCCAACCGAAUUCGAUUUUAAUUGGAAUUCAAUACCGACAACCGUAGCCUGUGCCUUUCCAUAUGUGAUCGCCUUUACUAGCGACACGAUGGAGAUUCGACUGAUAAUAAACGGCAAUCUGGUUCACACGAUCGCCAUGCCCAAUCUCAACUUGAUCACCUCGAAGCGGGACAUCUUCUUCGCAACCACGGCGCCGGAGUUUCUUCCAGGGAAAUGCGAGCGAAUCCGAUUGGACUCGAAACCUUUUGAGAAGGAGGAAAUGCCUUGCAGCCCACCGCCGAUCGUCCAGCCUUCGUCCUCCUCCCGAUCGAGUAUUCAAAACAGCGACUGGAAGCCGAUAAGGAUCUAUCGAAUACCACUGCAGACGCUGUCGAGAAGCACGGCGUCCAACUGCAGCCAGAGAAGGUGUCCGAGUCCGACGGAGCCGGAAAUCGUCUCGGCGCCACCGACCUCCGACAGGACCUUCCUGAACGUCGAACCUCAACGUUCGAGCAGGUCCUGUAGCAGCAGUCCUACACCCACACCGACCACGAAUUUGCCGUCGUCGUCGCCAUGUAAAAAAUAGAUACCGUAGUUCUUGGCGCUCCGCCAAUCGAUUGCAUUAAUUGUAAUCUUAACAGGAUCGCGAUCACGUAAGAAAGAAAAAAAAAAAGAAACCGACCGCAUGUACCUGAUUUCUCGUAUGAGAGAACACGUGGAAAUCUUUGUCAUUGUUACGCUAUUAGCGUGCGUCGCGCUGCAAGUAUAUUUUGAAUGUAAGUGCGACCGCGCGUACAAGUUAUUGUUUGAAUAGAUAUUGACGAGGAGACACAUGUUGGUGUCUUAAUUACGGAGGAGCCUGUGACAUUAAUUUCUCUUCGCUUCUCUAUCUUUGUCUCGAUGUUAUUACUUUAACCCCCCUGUUGCAUCACAUGUGGCAUUUUCUGUUUGUUCUGAUUUUAUGAAAUACACAAACAAAGACGUUCCGUUGGAAUCCAAAUUUCUUUCUUAAAGAAGACGAUUGCAGAUAUUUCGACAAUAAAUCGCGCGAUUAUUUUUUUAUUUCGAUAACAAACCCUCCGGUGAUCCUCCUAUUUCCCUGUAUUUCCCAUUUAAUUUUGUUUUCAAUGUAGUACAAUACGAAGCAAGCUUCAAGCUCGCGAAGGCAUCUCGCAGGUUACCGAGCCUCUUUAUCAAGUUAGACCGACUUUGUUUCGCGUCGUCCGUAAUUAAGGACUUGAUGGCGUCAUGACGUGAUAACGACGAUACUUUAGACGCUAUUUGCUUCUGGAUUGUUUUUCCAAGUAACGUUGUGUACCGUAGCUUCUCAUUGUUUGUCAACCGAUCUUAAACAAUAGGAUUCAGGCUAACGAUCGUAAUGGUCGACGGCCGAAAAUAUUUUUAAAGACUUGACUUGAACGUGGAUCGAACUUAGCACACCCUCGUACGUGCGAAAAAAAAGGCAUUUUUUCGGAUGCGCGUUAGCUCGAUGAAUCAUGCGCUUCCUCGAACGUGGUGAAAAGGCACGCGCAGAAUGUCGGAGAUGAUUGUGCAUGGUUGAUCGAUCCCUGAUGAUUAAUAAUGUUUCAGGUACGCCGCAUCCGGAUUUAUUUUUAUUUAAGGAAAGGUAUAACAUUGUUCCGACAUGAGUGUCGAUGUUUACGCGUCAUGUGUAUAUAAUACAAAGUGAGGAAUAAAGUAUAUGUUACCGUUGCAUUUCCAUCGAAAA